AUGCGAUCUACCCUUAUUGCACCCGCCUUGUGGCUGGGUGUGGCUACAGUCCUUCCUGGUGCUUUUGCCCAGGAGGAAGCUUCGACCACCGAUACAGUCGCGAGCGCAGGUACGACAGAUUGGCCGUGGCCAGCUGAGCCCUACCCAGGUGCUAGUAUCUGGCUUGACUGGAUCAACUCUGCCAAUAGCCUGAGUACCACGACCUCUGGCUCCGGCACCACUUCCGCAACUGCGACUUCCUCGGUGGACGGUGUCGUCAGCACCACCUUGUCGACAACUGCUGUCUUGACUACCAACACAACGGAUAUUGAUUCAACUUCUUCCGAUGUAUCUACUUCGUCCACUGAAACCGUUUCCGACACUGUAACAACAUCUACCGGUAUUUUGCCCUCAACUUCCAAAAGAGCAGCUGAUUCGACCGCAACCUCGUCUAGCUCUACUGAGGACUCCGCAACAUCAUCCACCUGGUCGUGGGCCUGGACAACCACCACGGGCAGCUCGGAAACCACAGCCACAACCUCAGCAGGAGAAAGCCCUGACACCACCUCCUUCUCAUCCACGACAGUGACGACGUCCGAAACCGCCACUACCACAACAUCAAGCGAUGAUUCAGGCCCCACCACUUGCCAGUACGCCGGCCUGUCCCUUCUCAGUGGCACAGAUUCAUGUGUCAGGUACAACUUCAUCUGUGACAAGACCUAUGACGAGAGCAGCUUCCGUGGUGCCUGGAUCACGAGGGACACUCCGGAGCUAUGCGCUCGCCGUUGUGACACUGUCAACGCUAAUCAAGGUGCUGGGACAUGUGUGGGUGUUGUCUUCGACACUACGACCGAUACAGAUAAUUGCAGAGUCCUCAAAAACCUCAACAAUCCCAUCACCAGCCCCGACACGAUUGCUCUACUCGUUCAGCGAGAUCCGAACUGUGCCAAAGUGGUCAGCUCCACGACUGUCUCGGCUGAGGCGUCUACGACGUCGGUUUCGUCUCUCACAAGGUCGACUGGAUCUGUCACUACGGAGACGUCAAGGUCCAUGUCUUCAUCUAGUGCUUCCACUUCCUACUCGGAGAGUCCUAUCUCGACCACUGAAACCUCGAGCUCAAUCUCCGAUCUGGCUACUGCUACAACCACUUCCGACUCCACAAUCACGGGUGUUCCGACCUCAGCUACUUGGACCACACGAACACGCAGUGACUGGAGCGAUUGGACUAGCGGCUCAUGGAGCAGUCACAGCCGAGGCAGCAGCCACUCCGGCUGGUGGUCAGCUACUUCUAGCGGAAAUUUCACAUCCACCACUGCACGCCCCACCGUGAGCAGCUCGGGCGCUAUCCCGACCUUCACGACUACAUCGGUUCCCUUCCGAGUGAACGACACCUUGAUGGCCUCUGCCACGAUCUCUACUUCUGUUUCUGGUGCCUCAACCUAUACCUGGGCCAACACUACAACCAGUGCAACUCGCGUGUCAAACGCCACCGUGACGUCCAGCACCUUGGGAUCUCCCAUCUCGGCUACUACGUCUUGGUCCUGGCCUAAUUCUACCAGCUCCAUCAAUGCUCCCAUCACCACCUCGGGCUCCAACUCUUCUUCCACCGUUGCCCCUGUUACAACGUCGUACACCAACGCCACAAGCUCUGCAGCCACAACAUCCACCACAAGCAACACUUGCCCGGCAUCGACCACCACUUUGACCAUCACAGUUUCUGGAGCCCCCGCAAGUGUCACUGGCCCAAUCGUUACUGUCACCGGAACUGUCACAGAAACCACCAUGAGAACCAGAACAACAAGGACCACGACUGUCGAGACAAUCACUUCGACAUCCACUGUGUCGGCGACUUCCAGCGUCACUGUCUUUGUGACUACGACUCAAAGCCUUGGUCAGCGUUGGGGACGGUGGCACUGGUAG